AUGGUAGGGAGUGAGGUAUCAACAAGGCCAAGACUUGAGGAACAGUGCCCAGUUUGUGGUGAUCGUGUCUCCGGAUAUCAUUAUGGGCUACUUACCUGCGAAAGUUGUAAAGGAUUCUUCAAGCGGACUGUUCAAAACAAAAAGAGUUAUCAAUGUGCAGCAUCUUCAAAUUGCCCGGUUGACAAGGCUGGUCGUAAGCGUUGUCCACGAUGCCGUUUUGCGAAAUGUCUUCAACAAGGAAUGAAAAUAGAAGCUGUUAGAGAAGAUCGUAUGAGAGGCGGAAGGAACAAAUUUGGUUCGUACUAUAAGAGAGAUCGAGCUCAACGAAUGCAACGAAAUACGUUGAAAGAUACGAGUAUUGUGGAUCUUGCUGGUAUGGAACAAACCGUUACCAGUAGCACUGAACCAAUAGUGAUGACAUAUUCGGACGACAAAUCGAAGGUGAAAUCCGAAUAUGACUCCGUGUUGCAAUGUUUGACAUUGUCAAGCAGUACUCCAGUGCAUCAUGUACCUCCAGCAUCAGCACAUAGACCACCACCGAUAACGCAUGAAAACGAAGGACUUGCCGGUCUACUUGGUUGUUCUAUCGACUUUCCAAACUACCGUAUCAAACCUGAACCAUUUGAACCAACCACGACAACAGAAUUUCAACAACGGCUACCGUAUCACGGUCAUCCGAUUGACGACGGUGGAUUUCGUGAUAACCGUAUUCUACCUGUUUGCUCAACACCGUCGGAAAAGCACGUGGGCAACGAAUUUGAACGUUCAUCGUCAACACUUUCCAUCAUGCAUGAUUCGUUGCCGGACGAUUCAAGGUUGUACUGUUUACUGCAUAAAUGGCCAAGAUGGGAACCAUUUUCAUUUUGUGUCUCAGCUGUUGAGGACAAUCUCGGACAAUUAGUAGCAUGGGCGAAAGCGGCACCAUAUUUUCGUGAACUAGAGAUGGCCGAUCAAAUGCAACUUUUACAUGCAAGUUGGGCUUCCGUUCAUAUAUCGGAUUUCACCUAUGCUGCCGUUAUCGGUGCGAUUCCGGCCAGUAUAAAAAUGAAUAACGGAAUUGAGGUCCCAUCAGGACUGGCGGCUGUGAUGGGCGACUGUUCCCUGUUGACUCUAUGGACUGAUAUUGUACAUCUAUUAGCAAGUCGUGGAUUCACGCGAGUGGAUUUAGCAGCAUUUCGAUACCUAGCGUUGUUCCAUGAGGACGGUGAAAGUCGUGUGGAGAAUCGUGCACUAAUCCGUGCUGCUAGGGAUUCGCUAAUUAGAUGUUGGGGAGAGUAUCGAGGAUCCGAUGUUGCUCUGUUACCACAAUUUGCUGCCUUUCUACGAAUAAGAUCAUUGGCUCAAUCCUGCCAAAAUUUCCUGAUCGCACGACGUGUCGGUGGUGUAGUGGGCUCAUCGCUUCUGGCUGAAAUGCUUUCGUCAUCAAUCCAGACAACCUGCGCACGUUGA